UUUGUUAAUGAUCAAGGAAUAUAUUCGGAAGGAGUUUUUGCAAAAAUUAUUGUGGCAUAUGGAAUGCCGAUGAAACUGAAAUAUAAUUGUCCUCGAAUAGCCAACAAACACCCUGAAGAUAUCGAUUUGUGGAAAAUUGCCACAAAAGCAUUUCUUGAAGUGGUAAAAAUUGGACUAGUCUCGAUGGAAAAUUUCGGAGAAGAAAUUCCUGAAGAAAGUUUUAUUAAUGUAUGGAAGCAGUUGGUCGAUGUGCUGCAUGGAUCUUUGGUUGCUAACAGUCAACCUCCAUCCUCGUUAAAACUCGAACAACAAGAUUCUGACGAAGCGUUUGAUAUGAAAUUCUUAUUCAGCCUCGAAUCAGAUAUAUUAAUACACAUGGGUCAUCCUCGAGUACCAGUUGAGUUAAUUCGGCAACUAGUAGAAAUCAUAGAAAAAGGUUCGCAAUUAUAUUCUACGGAUGAACAUCGACAAAGUAAUUAUCUGAACGGGAACUUGGAUAAACCUCUUCCUCCAAUAAUAAGUGGGUCAGAAGGACAACCAUCCCACACAAUAAUGCCAAUUACCAGGGUGGAAGGUACGACAGCAAAAAUCAUCCCGGUACCAAGGGAGCGAUUUGCAUAUGCGUGUUUAACGUGUUUGUUCAAUUUUUGCUCGGAUGCCAAUACUGAUCAUCCCGAAGCACGACAAAGAAUAGCAGAAGUUGCUGCGCCAAUAUUACUUGAACGAUGUGCUUCAGUUAUGCGAAAUUUUACCGCCGAUCAACCAUUAUUAGGCAAAUUUCCACUUUCAAGUAUUUCUUCUAGGGUUCGCAACGACGAAAUACUCUUGAUUUUACAACAACUGAUAAAACUACGGUUUCGUAGAAACAUUUUGCAUGUAGAUGACGCGGAUUAUGAAAUGCAGACAAGUCCUCUUCGCGAUCAAGUUCUCUCUGGACCUAUUGCUCAUCUAUUUUUUUUAUACCCGGUACUGUGUGAUGCGAUCUCUAGUGCAAAUGAAAUUAUUUCUGUACUUUUACGAGAGUGCCUGAAAAAGGCGGGAGAGGAGUUGGGAGUUUGUUAA